AUGUCGUCGAAACAGGAUAAUGAAUUGUCGUUUACGCCGGAGUACUCUAGUCAGCUACUGCGAUGUAUUGAAGGUGUUUACGAUGAGGAUAUCAAGCAUUAUUACACCCAUUUGAAACUGGAAAAGCUGAUAGAUCUGCUUGAACAUACUGAAUAUUUGUUCGAGUCAUACACAAAGUUUUUGCAUGAUCGAAAGGAUCAGGACGCUCUUACAGUGUUUAUCAUUGGGUGCUUUUAUUUGUACCUUAUAAUGCCUCAGUCUAUUCAGUUCCAAACAAGGAAUAAGUCCUACAGCAUAUACAAUGAAUUGAAGAAAAUGUACGAGAAUCAAGUAAACAUGACGAACGUGCUACUUAUGGUGAAGGAUGAAGUAGAUUCGAUUCUAGAAGGAAAUGCCCGAGAGUUGAAUGAAGUUGAACGAAGAAUAACAAGAAAAAGGGCAUAUUCAGUACCGGAUCAGCAUUUAGCAGCACACCUUACAAACUUGGCUCUUACUGAACAGGCUCCCCCAUUACCAGAUACAUCUGCUGGUACAGUAAAUGAUACGGGAGAGGAGUCUUAUAGUGGCAAGAGUUGGAACUCUUCGUACAUCGAGGAUAACGAAGAUUCUCCUGUGUGGACAGCUCCGUCACUCGAGCCCAAUGACCAGCUGAAAUUGGCCCUAGACACAAAUGUGGUUUAUCCGAGUGAAUUCGGGGACGCACCAGCAAAUGUUGUUGAUCUGGUGAAAGUGUCAACUCUAAAAAAUAAUCCAAAAGUUUCUGGCAGAGGAAGACAGGGUAGCAUGCCAAUAAAGCAAACUGUUUAUCCCAUCUAUGAGGAUAGAUCACUUGGAAGUAAAAUUGAAGAGCACGGACCUGUAGUAGAAAAUAAUAUAUGGGAGUCCAACGUGGAUAGAUUGAACACGCACAGAAAGGAUUCUUAUCAUUCCGUUUACAUGUUUGACGAGGAUUUGGAAGCUGACAAUCCACUGCAUGUGUCUUCUAAUGGAUAUAUUGAUAACUUACAGAGACUGCAGAAGCAAAGUAUUAUCACCGCACCAGAGCUCUUCUCCAUUUUAUCUAGCCCUGAGCAGCGCUCCAGACUUUUAUUAAUAGAUUUGAGAAUAUCGAAGCGAUCUAGGGUGAACCACAUAGUCGCGCCAAAUACCAUAAAGAUAGACCCAAAGAACUUAUGGGACCCACCUACGAAAGUUCCUCUUUCUGAUCCGAGUGCUUUAGACAAUCUCAUACCUGACCGAAUUUUUACAGAAAGAUCAUCAUUCGAUUAUAUUGUGUACUAUACCGAUAUGAAAACCUACAUGAAUACGGGAUAUGAUUACCUAUUCACCUUAUUUUACUUAUUAACUACAUCACAAAACGUUACUCUAAAAACUUCACCUACUUACCUGCUUGGCGGUUGGGAGAAGUGGAAGAAAGUUCUUAAUAAAUAUUCGUCAGAAUAUAACAUUAACAUGGAUGAUUACAUGUAUCGACCAUACGGGGAAGCACAGAACAACCACCUUGCAUCAGCUCAUAAACAGGUCCCUGCACCACCCUCAUGGAACCCCCCUGAGGUGCCGAUGCGUAUAAGAAAACGUCCACCACCACCUCCACCUAUAAGCAAUCCCAAUACUACCAAUGUGCCACCCCCUGUCCCUCCAAAGAUUAGCAUAGAGCAGUCUGUCACUCCCCAGGUUGGAGAGACCAUAGCGGAUGUUGCAGAAGCCCUUCACGUUGCAAAACCGGCAAGUGAUACGCUCCACACCAGACCUGAUCGCCACAAUAUAUCUCAAGAAAGAGCCACAAAACUUGAGAGAAGUUUUUCAAUUCCAACAAUCGAAAAGAGUCCAAAUACUUAUGUAGCACUGUCGAUUACAGGUUUAAGGAAUUUAGGUAACACAUGUUACAUUAACAGCAUGUUGCAGUGUUUGUUUGCUACUCCUUUGUUCAGAGAUAUGUUUUUGUCAUCUAAGUAUGAGAAUUUUUUCAACCCCAAGUUUAAAAAUGAACCGAGGCUUUCGAAAUCUUUCAAUGAUCUCUUCAAGAAAAUGUAUAUUAAUGGUGGUUGCUCAGUUGUCCCAACGGCAUUUUUAAAAAAUGUAAAUUAUUUGAGACCCGAUAUGAGAAUACCAGAUGAUCAACAGGAUACACAAGAAUUCUUAAUGGUGGUUUUAGAUCGACUUCACGAUGAACUUUCAAAUCAAGUUGAGGUGGCAGGAGAGUACCCUGAUUUGCUUUUAUACGAUGAAAAUAAACUGGAGGUCAAAAAUGAUGAAUAUCGAAAUUGGUUUGAGAAGACAGUUAUUGGUAACGGACUUUCACCCAUUGACCAUAUUUUUCAGGGCCAAAUGGAAAAUGUUUUGGACUGUCAAAGAUGUGGAAAUACUUCACAAAGCUACUCUACAUUCUACAUUCUGUCUUUAGCAAUACCAAAGCCAUCCACUUCAACCUUUUCCAGGUCAAAAAGAGUGAAGCUUGAAGAUUGUAUCAACCUAUUUACGAGUGACGAAGUCUUAUCAGGCGAGAAUGCAUGGGACUGUCCAAAAUGUGGCUCAAGCAUUAAUGAUCAUGGUCAUCUAGAAUCCAAAAAAUCCAAAAAGAAAAAGUGGGCCGAAUUGCCUAAUAGCGGCCACUCUAAAAGUAAAUUUUUCUCUCUCAAUUCUAAAAGUUCUCGAUCGAAAUCACCUUUUGGUAGAUUUACACCAAAAAGUACCAGCGAAAAUUGGAAAUCGAAAAAGCUUUUAACUGUGAAAACAAUGAAUUUUAUAACACUACCACCGGUUUUGGUUAUUCAUUUAUCCCGUUUCUACUAUGAUUUAACUAAGAAAAAUAAUACUAUUAUCACGUAUCCACUGGUUUUAAACAUAGUUCCAAAGAAUAAUCAAGUUGUCAAAUACCGAUUGUAUGCCGUUGUAAAUCAUUCUGGUAAUUUGAUAAGCGGUCAUUAUACAUCUUUAGUCAACAAAGACCCAAGGCAUAAUCUACACAAAGAUGGUCAAAAAUGGUAUUAUUUUGAUGAUGAAGUGGUAAAAGAAGAAAGAAACCAUGGAAAUCUUGAUGAGGGAAUCAUUAAGGUAUCAAGUAGUGAUGUUUAUGUCAUAUUUUAUGAACGUAUUAAUACUUGA